AUGUCUAAACAUGCUGGGACAAAGGACGCGGCAGCGCCGCAGUCCGCGAUGAACCCAACCCCGCAGAAGGAGCUCUAUCCUAUGGUGAACUGGAAGUACGAUAUGUUCCUAUAUACCGUCGGCAAUAUCGUCGAUAUGUUCUUCCGAGAAGUUGUGCCUCGAGGUGCCUGGCGCGUUCCUCAGACUGGUCCUGUUCUGUUCGUCGCCGCGCCACAUGCCAAUCAGUUCGUCGAUGCUAUCAUCCUUCAACGAACCCUCCGUAACGAAGCUAAGCGGCGAGCCUCCCUUCUCAUUGCCCAGAAGUCAGUUCACGGCUUCAUCGGAUGGGGCUCGCGGCAAGUCGGCUCAGUUCCCGUCGGUCGCGCUCAAGAUGCUGCCAAACCAGCUACUGGUACCAUCUACCUCCCCGAUCCUAUCAACGACCCAACUCUUGUUCGCGGUAUCGGUACCAAAUUCGGCGAGGGAGAGGGUGAGGUUCAGGGCAUGCUCUUUCUUCCCUCAACCAAGAACACCAGUGGCGCUAGUGUCGAUAUUUCCCAGAUUAUCGGUCCUGAAGAGAUCCGUGUCAAGCGACCUUUUAAGGGCAAGGUCGCUCUGCAACAACUCACAGGCCGUGAUGAUAUUGACAAAGAUGGAAACUUCACCAACAAGGAUGUGAAGGGUCCUGCUCCAGGUUACCAGGGCACCAAGUUCAAGUUGGCACCUCACAUUGACCAGACCAAGGUUUAUGAGGCAGUGUUUUCUCGGCUUUGCAAUGGUGGCUGUGUUGGUAUCUUCCCUGAAGGUGGUAGCCAUGAUCGCACCGAGCUUUUACCUCUCAAGGCUGGUGUCGCUAUCAUGGCUCUUGGAACUUUGGCCCAAGAUCCUGAUUGUGGUCUUAAGAUCGUCCCUGUGGGAAUGAACUACUUCCAUGCCCACAAGUUCCGCUCACGUGCGGUUGUUGAGUUCGGUGCUCCCUUCGAGAUUCCUCGUCAUCUCGUUGAGCUUUACUGUAACAACCAACGUCGUGAAGCCAUUGGCCAAGUUCUUGACACAGUCUAUCAGGCUCUGAACUCUGUCACCGUCUCUGCACCCGACUACGACACACUCAUGGUGAUCCAGGCCGCUCGCCGACUCUACAACCCCACCGGCAAGAAGCUCCCACUGCCCGUGGUGAUUGAGCUUAACCGUAGACUAUGCAUGGGGUAUGAGCGAUACAAGAAUGAUGAGCGCAUCACGUCCUUGUCUGCCGCAGUCAAAGAGUACAACUCCCAAUUGCGAUACCUCAACUUAAAAGACCAUCAAGUCCAGUAUGCCAAGAUGAACAUGAUCAAAGUCAUCUUCCUUUUCAUCUACCGAUCAAUCAAACUGCUCUUCCUCUUCAUUUGCACAUUACCAGGUUUGAUCCUUUUCUCGCCUGUCUUCGUAGCGACAAAGAUUAUCAGCCGGCAGAAGGCCAAGACAGCUCUGGCGGGCUCAACAGUCAAGAUUCGCGGCCGCGAUGUCAUGGCGACUUGGAAGAUCCUUGUGGCAAUCGGCUUUGCACCUACCCUCUACCAUAUUUACUCGGCCAUCAUAACCUUCAAGGUGUGGCAAGACCGUCUUUGGGGAUAUGUUCCCGAGGGCAUACCGCUGCUGGUGGUUUAUUUCGCAUUGUGGCCCUUCAUGGUUGGUAUCACGUUUGCAUCACUACGUUUUGGUGAGGUCGGUAUGGAUAUCUUCAAGUCUCUGCGUCCACUACUCCUCUGCUUGACACCAACCUCAAAUUACAACAUCCAUAAGCUACGAGAACGACGAGCCGAGCUGAGCGCCCAGGUAACGGAUGUCAUCAACACGCUGGGACCUGAGAUGUUUGAUGACUUUGAAAAGGCACGACUUGUGCCCGAUCUGUACAAAGCCGAGGGUGGCUCAUCCACAUCUCAUAAGAUCCAUCGCCGAAGAGACAGCGAUCAGUCAAGUACUGGUUAUGAGCCCGAGACCCCGCCGGCUCUGUCGCGACGAAGCACGACACAGUCGAGCCGAGCCCUCCCGCGCAACGAUUCUUUCAGCAACAUUGGUCACGUGGGCAUUUUCUCUACACGACCCCCUUCCAGAGCCCGUAGCAGGUCGAGAUCAAGCAGCAGCGGAGGUGGUUUUGGAUCUGGCGGGUUCCCUAUCAGUGGAUUCACCACGUUGGACUCUUCAGGGGGAUUUGAUGAGGCGAGUCGCAAGAUUCGAGAGGCGAUGAAGAACAGGCGACAUAAGACAGAUCAAGAAAGGACAGAGGGUGACGACGAAGAUGACGACAACUGGAGACUGGAGACUGGAGUCAACGGCCCUAAAAUCUACCGAAAGAUCUCUUAUUACAACAUGACCUUAUCAUCCUCAUCCACACACGACAACCCCCCUCUCUCUGCCUUAACCUCAACCUCCAGAACAGCCGCUACACCGUCCUGGUUGCCGCAGCACAAGCCCGCGAAGCAAAGAAUGGCUCUCUCAUUAAAGAACCUCAUGGGCUCCAUGCUCGGUGGGGGUUCUGCAAAACAGGAUAGCAAGCCCUCGUCUUCGGAGCUUUUCGCCAAGACGGAUCCAGGAGUAGACGGCGAGGAAUGUCUACACGACUGUGAAAACUGCUCCGUGAGGUAUCCUAGAGGCUUCAAGAUUGAGGAGGAGGAUGUGCUGUAUGGAUUUGUCGAGGCUUGGAGUACACAUCUCCUUGUUGGAACAGGCAAGACGGAUUGGGUGAGGGAUGUGGCGGAUGAAAAGGGGAGUGUAAUGGAGGCUUUUUCUAAGGCGAGCGAGCCUACGAAUGGGAAACUCAAGCUUUCGGCAUCCAAUAUGCCGACUCCUCAUGAUACAGAUGACUACUCUGAGCCCACAACUCUUUUACUACUGCCAGCCUUCAAGCUUCUUCACAACGUCCACCCACUCAGUGUGCCUCGGAUUAUUACCGAAGUUAUCAACCAGGCACCGACAAGUACUUCUCCCCUUCACCCCACGCCGCUCCCGGCCUCUCUUCCGUCUCCUGACCCGGCCGCCGGGAUCCCGGAUGUCUCCCUCAAGGACUGCCCUCACAAUGCUGUUAUCCUCAUGUGCAGUCAUCGGACACGCGAUGUUCGUUGUGCCCAGAGUGCCCCGAUUCUUAGGAAAGAGUUUGAGCGCCAGCUAAGGCCACUGGGCCUGUAUCGAGACUUGCAUGAUGAGAGGCCUGGUGGUGUUGGUAUCUACUACAUCAGCCAUGUGGGAGGACACAAGUACUCUGCCAACGUCAUGAUCUACCGACGGCCAAAUGCGUUUGGUCUGGAUGAUCCGGUUCCUGAGGAGCAGAACGGCACAAAUGGCGUUGAAAAGAACGGCAACGGUUCAAACGGGUCAGCAGAGGAGAGCGUGGGCGCAUCGCAGGGUAUCUGGUUGGCACGUGUCAUGCCUGAAGAUUGCGAGAACUUGAUCCGGUAUACAGUCUUGAGAGGCAAGGUGGUCAAACCUGAGCGUCAGCUACGAGGUGGAUUUGAUCGUGGUCGAGGCGUCAUGAGUUGGUGA